AUGAACACAAUACCAGACUCCCCCGCCCUGGUCAAAGGCAUCAAGACGCGGAUAUGCAUGAUCUCCGACACGCACACUUAUGCCCCCUGCCCGCCACAGCAGACGGGGAAUCCUUAUCGCUAUCCGCUGCCCAAGGCGGACGUGCUCCUCCACGCGGGCGACAUCACCAUGGUUGGACGCAAAAUCGAACACCGCAAGAUGAUAGACAUGUUGAAAGAGGCAGAUGCGGAGGUCAAGAUCGUCAUUGCGGGGAACCACGACAUUACGCUGGACGAAGAGUAUUAUAAGGAAUUUGGCUACACUCGACAUCGAUGGGGCGGGAGUGGUGGUGGCAUGGACGGCAUCGAGGACCCCGCGGAGAUCAAGCGGAUGUAUACGGGUGAAGAGGCGCGGAAUGCGGGAAUCGUCUAUUUGGAAGAAACGCUGAAGACAUUCACAUUGAAGAAUGGAGCUCAAUUCACCUUGUAUGCGUCGCCGUAUCAGCCGGAGUUCUGUCGAUGGGCGUUCGCGUACGAGCGGGAUAUUGACCGGUUCAAUCCCUCGCCUCCGGUUGCAGAAUUCCAGGCCCCUAAUCCGGUGCCGAGUUUCCCAGAUGUCGAUAUCAUGUUGACUCACGGUCCGCCGUAUGGUGUUCUAGAUAAGGUGGCUUUUGGUGGACAGCACGUUGGUUGUGAGCAUCUGCUCAGGGCAGAUGUGCGGGCAAGACCGCGCUUGCAUGUCUUUGGACACAUUCACGAGGGCUACGGUGCAGAGCGGAUAGACUGGGAGACUAGGACAUCGACCAAACUCGAGCAGGAUAUCGAGGAUGUACUCGAUGCUCGAUGCGCGUAUUUUGAUCUGAGCAGUAGUGGAAAGAAGCCGCUAAGAUUUGGGGACGAGACAUUGUUUGUGAAUGCGAGCGUGGUGACGGUGAACUAUAAGGCGAUAAACGCUCCGUGGCUCGUGGAUCUGGAUCUUGAACCAGCUACAGAAGAUGUGAAUCCGGAUGUAGAAGCAUAG